AUGAAUAUAGAGGACAAAGCCACUGAUCUGACCUAUCAAUUGAUUGAAGAUAUUGACAACGUUUCUGCUAAUGAGAAAAAAUUCCUUGGAAUACGUAUUAAAAACAAAUACAGCAUUGUUAAUGUCCUGGCUAUUCCAUUAAUUCAAGGUCACCUUACAAUUGUGGUAUUUUUCUUUACAGUUCAAAUCAUAUUCCUUUUGAGAGAUCCACUAUACUACAAUAUCUCGUAAGAGGAUAUAGGAACUAUUAGCAGCGACCUUAUUUUUUAUUCGAUGUUUCCUUAAAUGGUAGCAGUUAUAGCCUAUGGAUAUAUUUAUGAUAUCUAUGGAAGAAGAAAAACGAUUACAUUCAGCGUUUUAGGAGCAUGGUUAGUAUUAGUUCUAGUACCUUAAGGAGCGCCAAAUGUUUAUCCUUUUGUUUAUAUAAUUAGAUCUAUCUUUACAAUAACUACUAUUGGAUCAACUUCGCAUCCAUUAAUAAAUGACUACGUUAAAAAUGAUUCAAGAGGAAAAGCUAGUGCAUUACAAACUUUUGGUUCAAUAUUUGGGGAUUUGUUGAAUUACUUUGUUAUAUUACCAUUAAUUUCUGGACUAAUAGUGGGAUAAUAAUUUUAUAUAGUGGGAACAUUAUUUGUAGUAAUUGCUAUUAUUCUCUGGUUCAUUGUAAAAGAACCUCACUUCCAUUCUAUCAGAGGAUAGUCAUCAAUAGAGUAAAAAUAGAAAAUUUCAUUUGAAAGUGUAGAGCUUACAAAGGUUUAUGAAGAUGAAUCAGUAAUUACUAAAACUAAAAAGCUUACUAAGCACUUAAUUUGGCAAUGUUUUCAUAAAAGUAUUAUUCCAAUGUGUUUUCUUGGUAACUUUAUCGUGAGGAUAAAUAUUAUUAUGCUGUCAAACUACAUGACUUUGUGGACAUCAAGUUUCAUUGGAACUGAUUAUAUAAAAGACUCUCAGCAAGCCUAGCAAAUAGUGCAAAAUUACAGUACCUACUCUACUUUGACUAAUUUAACUUUAAUUAUUCCCUUGGGUUAUAUUGCUGAUAAAUAUAAGUACAAAUACUUGAUGGGAUUUUUCACAGUACUCAAAAUAUCAUCAAUCACUUGCUUCUUUUAGUUGACUAACCCUAAUUCGAUCGCAACAACUCUAGUUUAUAUCACGAUGGUAAUUUCACAUGGAGCAUAGAAUUUAUUAACCGAUGCUGUAUUUGCAAAGAAUUUACCUAAGGAUAUUAGAGGCUCGUUGUAAGGAACUUAUUAAUUAAUAGGAACAUUUGGAGUAUUGAGUUUUACAAAAGUAGGGGCAUACUUAUAUAACGAUUUCGGGCCUUCGUAUCCAUUUUUAUAUGUAGCCUGCUUUGAUGGGCUAUUUCUAUUUGCUCUUGGAAUAUUAGUGACUUUCACAAAAUUUAAUCACUGA